AAAGGAGCUUCCGCCACCACGCACAGCAGCUCAACUCCCCUCCACUACGCCGCUCCCAAACCCCCAAAACCCUCGUCGCCUUCCCCCAAAUCAUUCUCCUCCUUCCAAAUCCGCAGACCUAGGGUUCCGGAGAGCCUCCGCGGCAAUGUCCGGCGCCGUCGACGACUACAAGCGCGAGGAGUCGGUGGCGCUCAUUGUCAUCGUCUCCCUCGCGGCGCUCUCGCUGCUCUCUCUCGUCGCCGCCUUCGCCUACUACUGCUACAUCACACGCAAGGUCUCCCGCCGCCUCAACUCGCACCACCUCCCGAAGCGGUCCUCCUCCCCUCCCCCUCCGCCCCCGCUGUCGCCUCCCAUGAUCCCGCCGCAGGGGAAGGAAAGCCCGUCCAGCAACUCCGCCAGCGAUGGCGGCGCGGCGGGAGCGCUGGUGGUCGGCACGGAGAGGGGCGUGCAGGUGUUCGGAUACCGGCAGCUGCACGCGGCGACGGGCGGGUUCGGCCGCGCGCAUAUGGUGGGGCAGGGGAGCUUCGGGGCCGUGUACCGCGGGGUGCUCCCCGACGGGAGGAAGGUCGCGGUCAAGCUCAUGGACCGCCCGGGGAAGCAGGGUGAGAAGGAGUUCGAGAUGGAGGUUGAGCUGUUGAGUCGGCUUCGAUCAUCUUAUUUGUUGGGCUUGAUUGGCCAUUGCUCUGAAGGUGGACACAGGCUACUGGUGUAUGAGUUCAUGGCCAACGGGUGUCUCCAGGAGCAUCUACACCCAAAUGCAGGUUCCUGUGGUGGCAUCUCAAAAUUGGACUGGCCUACAAGAAUGAGAAUAGCUCUUGAAGCAGCAAAAGGUCUGGAGUACCUUCACGAGCGUGUUAGUCCACCUGUUAUACAUAGGGACUUCAAGAGCAGCAAUAUUCUCUUGGACAAAGACUUCCAUGCAAGAGUCUCAGACUUUGGUUUGGCCAAGCUUGGGUCUGACAGAGCUGGUGGUCAUGUGUCAACUCGAGUUUUAGGCACACAAGGCUAUGUUGCUCCAGAAUAUGCGUUGACUGGGCAUUUGACAACCAAAUCAGAUGUGUACAGUUACGGGGUUGUGCUUCUGGAAUUGCUUACUGGCAGGGUACCAGUUGAUAUGAAGAGGCCUCCCGGAGAAGGUGUUUUAGUUAACUGGGCAUUGCCUAUGCUCACUGAUCGUGAGAAAGUUGUGCAGCUCUUGGAUAAAUCACUGGAAGGGCAAUAUUCACUGAAAGAUGCUGUUCAAGUGGCUGCUAUUGCUGCCAUGUGUGUUCAACCAGAGGCUGACUAUAGGCCACUAAUGGCUGAUGUAGUCCAAUCGUUGGUUCCACUCGUCAAGAACCGUUCUACUUCUAAAACAUGCAACCCUAAUGCACAAUCGUCGAGGCCAUUGGACUAGGGAAUUGAGUGCUUAAUCUCAAGUUUGAUGGGUCUUUCCUGGAACUUUUCAUCUAGUAAUUAACCACGUCUUCUGAGAUGAGGGGAUCAUUCAUCAGUAUGCUGUUUGACACGAUCUCUUCCAAGUGCUAGUUUUUCCUGAAUCUGGAACGUGCAUGGUAAGCAACUACUAGGUUAUAAUUUAGCUGUUGAUUUAGUGAUGGUCCUGAUAACCAGUUGGAGUUUGAAGGGAAGUUCUCAAGGCAUGUGCAACUAAUGAUGAUGGUAGGUGGUGGGACCUAGUCCCUGUUGUUGUGGGAAGUCCAUCAUUAGAUCCUAGUGUUGUUUUGAGCUGGCAGAAUUUCCAUGUGCUGCUUAAUUUUAUUUUGGUUGGACAACUAUGCUAGGUGUCUGAUGAACUAUCUUCAGGGUCUAAACUCUUAGACUAAGAACAUCGAUCUCGUCGCUGCAGCCUAAAAGUGUCUUUGGUGCAUUUUGUAUAUUGUAGUAGGUUUCUGGAACUUCUAUCAAAAGUCCUCGGCUGGUUAAGUAUGUACUUAUCCGAUCAUUUCUGACUAUUCAGUCUUCUUUAAGCUUA